GAGGUCGCCUUCAGAGUCGUCUUGGCAUUCACAUGAAUCCAGAUGUUCAAACUGGAUUGGGAGUGAUUUCAUACGCGAAUGGACAAUACGAUCGUGCUAAGGAUUGCUUUGAAGCUGCCCUCAGUGUCCGCCCCGAAGAUUUCAUUCUAUGGUUGCAGCGUCGCCCUACAUAUACUCGCGCUAUUUACAACGUCGGCGUAGCUUGUUUGAACAUCGGUGCCCACAAAGAGGCAACAGAACACUUCCUCAGCGCGUUGGUAAUGCAAGAUUCAUCGGCUGGACCUAAGAGUGAACAACUGUGGUCGACCCUCCGGAGAACUUUCCAAACGAUGAAUCGGUCUGACCUUGCCGAAAUGGCGACGUCUGGUAGCUAAUGUGGAUGAUUUCCGCAAAGAGGGAUUCGACUUUUAGUUGUGA